UUCUCUGGAUAUGAUUUAUUUGAUUAUGUUUUGUAAAGCUUUAUAGUGGUUAAGGCUAGCCUAUAUCACAGGCGAGGCUGUCGAAGCGAAAUAGUGGUGGCUGGCAAUUCUGAUGUUUUAGAAGUUAACUAAUUUGUACUGAAACGUGGAUAAAAGCAGGCUCACAAACAGCCUAAAUACAUGUUCAGAGAGCUUCAUGUUGCAAAAAUCGAAGGUGUAGGCUAUUUGGAUGUGAUUAAUAUGGUACGGGCUGAUUGUUUAGUUUAUUAAUAAGAAGUGAAAUCACUAACUCCUAAUGACUGGUAGGUGGCGUAUGUAGCUGCUCUACGGGCGUGCAUCUUAUACAUCACGCUCAUCAGCAUCCCUUCUAUUGGAUUGGCUGCGUACAUUUUAUUGCGGGCCGUUGCCUCUGUCUCACAACAGUGCAUUCGCUGUGAUGGGAGUGAGCGGAGAAUAGAUGGGCGGCUGCCUCGCUAGUUUAUUCAAGGAGGAAGAUAAAGGUAUGAGAGGGGCAGGGCAUGGAGAACAGAGGUAGGCUCUAUUAAAUACAAGUAAGGGAUCUCUUGGUGAUUCUUAGACCUAGGGCUGUUUAUUGACCAGUCUUUAUCAUAACCAACUGACUGCAAGGGAAAUCAUUAACACGUUUUGUUUAUACUAUCACAUUAUAAUGCGGAAGGCAUGUCUUGUAAAGUGACAUGUCACGACAGAGCAAUAAUAUGAGCGUAGUCAGUCAAUAGCGAAGUAUUAAGUGAUAGGCUUAUACGGAACAAAAUAAACAGAGGAGAAGGCGAACUAUGAACCGAAGAUGAUUUCUGCUAAGAAAACUCCGGAAAAGAGUCGUUAUCCUAUUCACUAUAUGGUGUGGCACAACAAACAUCGGAAGCUGGAGAAAGCGCUAUCCGUGAACGAGCAGGUGGAUGUGGAGACCCUGGACCCCCGGGGUCGGACCCCCCUCCACCUGGCUGUCACUCUGGGUCACCUGGACUGUGCCCGCCUGCUCCUCCAACAUGGUGCCGACGUCAGCAAGGAGAACCGCAACGGAUGGACGGUGCUCCAGGAAGCAGUCAGCACGCGAGACCCAGAGUUGGUGCGCCUAGUUCUGCAUUACCGUGACUACCAGCGGGACACUAAGAGACUGGCGGGAAUCCCUGUCCUCCUGGAGAGACUGCACCAGGCUCAGGACUUUUACGUGGAGAUGAAAUGGGAGUUUACAAGCUGGGUGCCGCUGGUGUCUCGUAUCUGCCCCAGUGACACGUACCGCGUGUGGAAGAGUGGCCAGUGUCUGCGUGUAGACACCACUCUCAUGGGCUUUGAUCAGAUGACCUGGCAGAGAGGAAACCGAAGCUUCAUCUUCCGGGGUCAAGACUCCAGUGCGGUGGUGAUGGAGGUGGACCACGACAGACAGCUGGUGUUCUGUGAGACCCUGUGUGUGUCCUCUCUGACGUCUCCUUCGCCUUGGCGGGGCACUACCGGCCUCGGCCUCCUGGGGGCACUACUGCCCAGCGAGGAGCAGGUGGCAGCCCGCCUCUCCGCCGCCGUGGUCACCACCCAGCUAGACACCAAAAACAUCACCUUUGAGAGGAAUAAGACUGGCAUCCUUGGCUGGCGCAGUGAGAAGACAGAGAUGGUGAACGGGUAUGAGGCUAAGGUGUACGGAGCCUCCAAUGUGGAACUGAUCACUCGAACCAGAACGGAUCAUCUCAGUGAGCCACUCAAGGCGAAGCCCAAAGGCGGUAAGACACCCCUGCAGAACUUCCUAGGGAUCGCCGAGCAACACGUGGGGCCCAACAAUGGGGCCCUAGUGACUCAGAUGUCAAGUCCUGCCGUGACCAACCCCACAGCCCUGACAGCCGAGGAGUACUUCAGUCCGAACCUGCCCCUGGGCACCCGGGAUAUUGGCCACCCCUGUCAACUCACCACCAAGACUCAAAGGUUCAAGGCUAAGCUGUGGCUGUGUGAGUCCCAUCCUCUGUCCUUAGCGGAGCAGGUGGCGCCCAUCAUUGACCUCAUGGCCAUCUCCAACGCCCUCUUCGCCAAGCUCAGGGACUUCAUUACCCUGCGACUGCCCCCCGGCUUCCCUGUCAAGAUCGAAAUUCCCAUCUAUCACAUCCUGAAUGCCCGGAUCACCUUUGGGAACCUGAACAGGUGUGAGGAGGGGUCUGUGAUGGGGCCGGACCGGGUGGAGGGGGAGGUGGUCGGACAGAAGGACAGCAGCCCCAGGACUGACACAGACACACCCUCCCCAGGCAGCGAUUCUUCUAGUGUCUCCAGCUCCAGCUCCACGACGUCGUGUCAUGGAGGGGAGAUCCCCCCGUGUGUGUUCGAGCCCCCUCAGGGUUACACUGUGCUGGGAGGCAACCAGAGGGCCAACAACAUGCGUGGUGAUGAGGAGGAGGACCUGCUGCAGUUUGCCAUCCAACAGAGUCUGCUGGAGGCUGGCUCUGAGUACGACCAGGUGACUAUCUGGGAGGCGCUGACCAACAGCAAGCCCAGCACACGUACUCUUCCCUGUGACCCCAGUCGCCUGCAAAGGACUCCUCAGCACAGGCCUUGCCCUCCAGCCAGCCUCUGUAACACGCCCACCAAGAAGCCCCCCGCAGCCUGUAGCUACGACCAGCAACUCCGCCUGGCCAUGGAGCUGUCGGCGCAGGACCAGGCAGAGGCCGAGCUACUGCGACGGCAAGAGGAGGAGGAGCUGCAGCGGAUCAUCCAGCUGUCACUCAUGGAGAAAUGAGAGCCUGAUUGGCCAGUUGGGCUGUAGGAGGUAUGGGAGAGGAGGAGGAGAAGGUGCAGAGAAGGUAGUCAAUAGGAGCAUCCUACUCCUGGCUGUGACAGCCUUGCUCCUCCGACCGUCCCAUAUCCCCUUUCCCACUGUGCUCCUUCAAUAAGAGCCUGUCUGUGUGGCACAACAGGGCUCUACAGUGCUGAUACAGCUACAAUACAGACUCACUACUCUCUGGUGCCACUCUGCACUCGCAGUCAGUGCACGUUUACAACAAGAAACAAGAAGAAACACUUUUAAUGGAAUGCUACAUUGACCGACCACAUCAGUGGUGCUAGGGUAAUACAAAUUGUGUUUGUGUGUGAAGGCCAUGCGUUAAUAAACGGUCCUGUGAUUGGGGGAUAGGGUUUGUGUCCACUUCACAGACCUGGGUCUUAUUCAUUAGGCACCAAACGAAAGAAAAUGUAAUGAAACAGGGACGGACUACCUGAAAUUGUCUAAUAAGAAACACUUGUUAUCGUUUACUGUUGCAAAUCAUUCUGCUAUAGUGUGCCCUAAUGAAUACUGCCCUCUGUGUGAGUGUCAGGUGGGUCAAAGGGGUGGGAUGUUGACAGACCCUAUUACUUCCUCAUUUUUAAUAGAUUGAUACAUUUUUUCCCCCCCUUUGAUUUGCAUAAAAUCAAAACGUACUGUAGUUAGACUGUGGAUGGAUGUUUAUGGUCCUAAUAAGUAGAUAGAAUAAUAACCCUAUAGAGUUCAUGUUAAUAUGAUAACACCAUGACAGGAGUUCAUGUUAAUAUGAUAACACCAUGACAGGAGUUCAUGUUAAUAUGAUAACUCCAUGACAGGAGUUCAUGUUAAUAUGAUAACACCAUGACAGGAGUUCAUGUUAAUAUGAUAACUCCAUGACAGGAGUUCAUGUUAAUAUGAUAACGCCAUGACAGGAGUUCAUGUUAAUAUAACACUAUGACAGGAGUUCAUGUUAAUAUGAUAACGCCAUGACAGGAGUUCAUGUUAAUAUGAUAACUCCAUGACAGGAGUUCAUGUUAAUAUGAUAACGCCAUGACAGGAGUUCAUGUUAAUAUGAUAACACCAUGACAGGAGUUCAUGUUAAUAUGAAACACCAUGACAGGAGUUCAUGUUAAUAUGAUAACGCCAUGACAGGAGUUCAUGUUAAUAUGAUAACGCCAUGACAGGAGUUCAUGUUAAUAUGAUAACGCCAUGACAGGAGUUCAUGUUAAUAUGAUAACGCCAUGACAGGAGUUCAUGUUAAUAUGAUAACGCCAUGACAGGAGUUCAUGUUAAUAUGAUAACGCCAUGACAGGUGUUCAUGUUAAUAUGAUAACACCAUGACAGGAGUUCAUGUUAAUAUGAUAACGCCAUGACAGGAGUUCAUGUUAAUAUGAUAACACUAUGACAGGAGUUCAUGUUAAUAUGAUAACGCCAUGACAGGAGUUCAUGUUAAUAUGAUAACACUAUGACAGGAGUUCAUGUUAAUAUGAUAAGGCCAUGACAGGAGUUCAUGUUAGUAUGAUAACACUAUGACAGGAGUUCAUGUUAGUAUGAUAACACUAUGACAGGAGUUCAUGUUAAUAUGAUAAGGCCAUGACAGGAGUUCAUGUUAAUAUGAUAACACUAUGACAGGUGUUCAUGUUAAUAUGAUAACACUAUGACAGGAGUUCAUGUUAGUAUGAUAACACUAUGACAGGAGACUGGUCCGUUGGCAGCUUGUCUGUUCACAACAGUUACAGCAUCCUAUACCUUUCAAUGUGUACUGCCACCAUACAGCUGCUGUUUCUCACCCUUUGAACUCCAGAGGGGCUAAUAUAACCAUGACAUACACAAUAUGGCUACACAUGAAUUAAUAUAUACUGAACAAAAUAUAAACGCAACAUGCAACAAUUUCAACAAUUUUCCUGAGUUACAGUUCAUAUAAGGAAAUCAGUCAAUUUAAAUAAAUUCAUUAGGCCCUAAUCUAUGGAUUUCACAUGACUGGGAAUACAGAUAUGCAGCUGUUGGUCACAGAUACCUUGAAACAAAAGGUAGGGGGUGUGGAUCAGAAAACCAGUCAGUAUCUGGUGUGACUACCAUUUGCCUCAUGCAGCGCGACAUAUCUCCUUCGCAUAGAGUUGAUCAGGCUGUUUGUCAUCUGCCCAGUACAGUUGAAACCGGGAUUCAUCCGUGAAGAGCACACUUCUCCAGCAUGCCAGUGGCCAUCGAAGGUGAGCAUUUUCCCACUAUAGUCGGUUACGACCCUUGUGAGGACGACAAGCAUGCAGAUGAGCUUCCCUGAGACGGUUUCUGACAGUUUGUGCAGAAAUUCUUCGAUUGUGCAAACCCACAGUUUCAUCAGCUGUCCGGGAGGUUGCUCUCAAGAUGAUCCCGCAGGUGAAAAAGCCGGAUGUGGCGGUCCAGGACUGGCAUGGUUACACAUAGUCAGCGGUUAUGAGGCCAGUUGAACAUACUGCAUAUUAACAUCCAAUGUGUGACAUUGGAGGAGGCUUAUGGUAGAGAAAUAAACAUUACAUUCUCUGGCAAGAGAUCUAGUGGACAUUCCUGCAGUCAACAUGUCAAUUGCACGCUCCCUCAAAACUUGAGACAUCUGUGGCAUUGUGUUGUGUGACAAAACUGCACAUUUUAGAGUGGCCUUUUAUUGCCCUUAGCACAAGGUGCACCUUUGUAAUGAUCAUACUGUUUAAUCAGCUUCUUGAUAUGCCACACCUGUCAGGUGGAUGGAUUAUCUUGGACAAAUGCUCCUGUCAUGGCGUUAUCAUAUUAACAUCAACUCCUGUCAUGGUGUUAUCAUAUUAACAUGAACUCCUGUCAUGGUGUUAUCAUAUUAACAUGAAUGUGUGACAUUGGAGGAGGCUUAUGGUAGAGAAAUAAACAUGACAUUCUCUGGCAAGAGAUCUAGUGGACAUUCCUGCAGUCAACAUGUCAAUUGCACGCUCCCUCAAAACUUGAGACAUCUGUGACAUUGUGUUGUGUGACAAAACUGCAAAUUUUUGAGUGGCCUUUUAUUGUCCUCAGCACAAGGUGCACCUUUGUAAUGAUCAUACUGUUUAAUCAGCUUCUUGAUAUGCCACACCUGUCAGGUGGAUGGAUUAUCUUGAAGAAAUGCUCACUAACAGGGAUGCAAACAAAUUUGAGUGAAAUAAUCUUUUUGUGCGUAUGGAACAUUUCUGGGAUCUUUUUUUUCAACUCACGAAACAUGGGACCAAUGCUUUACAUGUUGCGUUUAUAUUUUUGUUCAGUGUAGAUCCAUCUUUUUCACAGAGGUUAUUACAGGGAGCACAUAUAUUGUAGGUUUCUGUUAUGAAGGGAGAGGUGGGACAUGGAGAGACUAGAGAUGACAGAAAUGAGGACUGGUGGAGACACGUUUCAUGGUGAGCUUUGUGAGUUUGAUAUUUUACUGAAAAAAAAAGCCUCUGCACUCGAUAUGAAUGGAGUUGUGAUGUGUUUGUUUGCAUGGGGAAUGGAGUGGUACUUGUGUGACAUCUCAGCAUGGCCGACACUUCUGUGGGUUUUCAUUUCUGACCUGAGCCAAUCUCGGAGGGGGGGGCAGGCGAUAUACAUUAAAUGGGCAGGUGUCACAAAUUGCUUGUUUUUUAGUUUUUUUGUGAAGUUAUGAAAACAAAGAACAUUAGGACAUCAGCACAAAUUAGGAGUCCGGUUCAUACUCCUAUUUAUUGUUUAGCUUGCCAGAUUAUUAUUAUUUUAAGUGGCUGGUUUUCACAAAGUAGGAUUUAAAGGCAAUGAAACAUUUUGUGGCGUAUGUAAGGAAGUCAAUAAAACAACUUUUUUUUAAAAAACA